AAACAUAAGAAGGUUCCAUGAAUCAAGGGUCGAGAUCAUGUGACUAGACCCAUAAGACAAGGAAAUAACCCAAACUUUGAGGUUCUUUUUUUUUUCUUUUCUUUUUGUGUCUUUCUUUCUUUCUUUCUUUCUUUUACUCUCUCUUUCUAUCUACCUGAAUUAUCCAAAUCACAUUUUCUAUUUCUUUCUACACUAAACACCUUUGUGUUAUUAUCAAGUCAAAAUCAAGAAUAAUUUACCAACAUAUCUUUCUGUGCACAAUUUUCAUGGUGGAUUUCUGAAGCUUCUAAUUUGUUAAUUUGUUUUGUUUGAGUUUGACAAAAUCUACAAACCGAAAGUGCAAUGAUAGGUUUAAGAGAAAAAGAAAGGACAAGAGAAAAAAGACUUUCUUUGGCUAAAGCUUCAAUUUUGUUGUUGUGGGUCAUGUUUGUUUUUGCUCUUUUUAUAACCUUGUUUUUCUCCAUCAACAAGGAAACCAACGACAACAAAAACCAUUCAAUUCGGUUCCUCAAACAACAACAACAACAACGUAGUACUUUCAACAAAGCAUUGCUGUUUCAUGCAGCAUCUUCAAGAAAAAGAACAAGAACAAGAACUACUACUACUACAACUACUCAUCAUCAUGUUCAAGGUGGUAAUGGUAAUCUUCCAAGAAAAAGUAGUACAGUUUAUGAUGAUGACAAAAGAUUAAUUCACACAGGUCCAAAUCCUCUUCACAACUAGGAAGCUAUGUAUGGUAGGGGGAUUUUAAUUUUGUAUGUUAGCUAGUUUUAAUUAAUUAUUGCAUUAAUAUCAUCUAUGUUUGUUGUAGUAUGUUACAUUUUAAUUUUGCUUUUGGAUCUGAGAAGAAUGAGAGCAUAGCUUUAGCCUUUUCAGUGGGGUUGUGAGUAUGUAGUAGUAAAUGGAAAGGAAAUUAAUUAGGUGUGGUCUGUGGUGGAAAAAUAUGAAGAGGCUAGUGUUAAUGCUCUCCUUUCUUUUGCAGUAUUAAUCAAUGAAUUUCUUUCUCUGUA